AUGAAGAUAUCCGAACACCUCGCUCGAGGAACUAGCAUCUUUGCCCUGCUGGCCGCGGCAGAUGCAGCUCUGUAUGACCAAACCAUCAAACUCCCUCAGGGAAAAUUGCAAGGAGCUGCAGCUUUCAAUACCAGCACUGCCCCAUCCACCAUCUCCAACUGGAAGGACAUCUCCGUCUGGAAGGGCAUUCCAUAUGCGCCAACAACUGGUGGAAAUAACCGCUGGAAACCACCCCAGCCCGCCCCAUCCUGGAACGGGACUUUCAAGGCCACUUCAUUCGGACUCUCCUGUCCCGAUCAGUCGACCGGAGACGAUAUCGGCGAAGACUGUCUAAGCAUCAACAUCUGGAGUCCGGCAACCUCCGCUGAUGCCAAACUUCCCGUUAUGUUCUGGUCCUAUGCUGCCGGUGGCCAGUCCUCACAGUCGAACUAUGACGGUGGCGGUAUGGCAGGCAAAGACGUUGUCUUCGUCAGCUACAACUACCGAAGUGGAGCCCCUGGCUGGCUCACUUUGGCCGAGCUGGAAAAGGAAAGUGGCGUGACGGGCAACUAUGGUCUGCUGGACCAAAUUGCAGCUCUCAAAUGGGUCCACGAAAACAUCGCGGCUUUUGGUGGUGACCCCGAUGCGAUUACUGCGGCUGGCCAGUCAUUUGGUUCCGGAGCGACAUAUCAUUUAAUUAACAGCCACCUCUCCAAGGGCUUAAUUAAGGGAGCGAUUGCCGAGAGUGGCAUCAAGGACCCAUAUGACCCAGACCUGUCGGGAUUCGGAAGUGACUACCGUAACAUGACCUGGAUGCUCGAUUUCAGCAACGCGUUCUAUGAUUCGUUGAAUGUGUCUAGCCUGGCCGAGCUGAGAGCUCUGGAUCUCGCGACUUUGCUCACCGGAACUGGAGAGUCGGCCUUCACUGGAUUCGACCCUGUGCUGAAUUACCACUCCAUUCCAAACAAGUACAUCGUCAGCCUGGAGGAGGGUGCGCCAAACAACGUCCCGAUCUUGGUUGGUAACAAUGCCGACGAGGAUGGCAUCGACUCAUCCACCACGUAUAACGUGUCUGCUUAUAAAGAAGGAAUUGCCUCGUUGUACGGUGACUUCGCCGACGAUCUCUUGGCUCUCAACCCGGCUAGCAACACCACAGCCGCCACGGAUGCAUACAACACGAUCUUGCGGGCUGGCUUCUCCACCUCCACCUGGUCCUUCGCCAACCGCUGGAGCAACACUUCAGAUCAGCCCAUCUACAACUACCUGUGGACUUACCAGGGCUCGAACGGUGGUGGCGCUACUCAUGGCUCCGAGGUUGUUUACGCUUUAGGCAACCUUUACGCCCAGUCGUCAACAUACGACGAGACCGACUAUGAAGUUGCUGAGAAGAUGUCGUCGUACUGGGCCAACUUCGUCAAGACUCAGAAUCCCAACAAAGGAGGUUCGGCUAAUGUAACGCUGCCCUAUUGGGCGGCCAAUGUUCCCUCGCAAAACAACCAGUUCGAUUUGGGCAACACGUGGAAGAAGAUUCCGAUCACUGCCAGUCUGAAGAUGAGGGAUAUCUUCCUGGAUUUCUGGAAGACUACUACAGACCCAUACUAG